GCCAGUGAAAAACGGCCCUUUUCCGAAUCAAAUUUUCCCCCGAAAACCGAUCGGAGAAACUAGGGUUAGGGUUUAUAGCCUCCAGCCCGCCCACGACUACUCGAUCCCUAGUAACAUCUGAAGCCCACCACUUCCAAUGGACCCGAUCAUCCUCGAAUCUCCUGCUCCGGUCGAAUCGCUCGCCUGUGGCCCUCUCACCGUCACUAACUUCCAGACAAUGCUCGAAGAAUCCAUCGAACGGUUCCUCAUUGAAGUUACGAAGGAGUCCUAUGACUUCUCCGCCUUCCGACCGAUUUUCUUCCGCCUGAUCCAGUCCAGCGUCGAUCCGCCGCUCGAGGUAAUCUGGUUUUACUCUGCUCUUGGCUACCACGAAGCAAUCCGGUCGAAAAGGGACGUUUUUGAUCGAAUUUUUGCGGUGAGAGACCUUCUUCAGCUUCUUUCGGCGUGCUCCGCUUCGUGCAAUGGCCCAAAGAGCGUGGCCUUGCUUGCUCCAGUUGUUUCGGAGCUAUAUUACUUUGUAAGAGAGGAAAAGAAGCUGUCUGGGAAAGUGGCGAAGAAGUUGAGAAAGGAGAUAGAUAGUUUGGCAGAGGCAGUUAUCAGCUACGUUAGCAUUUGUAGUGGUAGGAGUUCUAAUGGUCAAGAGCUUUCUGAUGGCUACUUGCUGCCUUGUUUUAUGGAUAUAGUUAGGGUGUGGACACUGCAGCAUUGUGAGAAAGGAGAUGAUUUGAAUGUUCUGUUUCCUUGUCUCAGUGAUGAAAUUUGUGCAUUCUUCAAGCAAGAAAAGUGUGGAAUUGGAUAUUUGGCUGGUGCUGUUGCGGCAGAGACAUUCUUUCUAAAUUUGGCACUGAAGGUUCAGGUGGAUGGUUUGCCAAGGCCAGACUUACAGAAGGAACUGACAAUAUGGAGUGUCAGUUCAAUAUCUGUGUUUCAAAACUGUGUUUUCUUUGAUAUACUACUGAGACUGCUACUGAAGCCGCCACUGCCAGUUAUUACCAUCUUGAGUUCGAAAGAUGAAAGCCUGAUACGAAAUGUCCUCUAUGAUUCUGUGAUUUUAGUGGAUUAUUCUUUCAUAAAUCCAGGAUUUAAAGUAGAAAACUUCAAUGACUCGUUGAUGAAUCUUAUAAUGAGAAGACUGAUUGUUACUCAUGAAGCCAUUCGUUCAGUCAGGGGUAAAAGAGAUUAUAACAAAGCUAUAUCCUAUACUAAUGCAUUCACAACAUCCUGUGUUCCAAAUGCCUUGGUCAAAUGGGCCACUCAUCAGAUUCGCUUGGAUGAACACAACCGACCCAGUGCUAACACACCUCAAGGGCUUCUCAAGUGGUUUGUGGUUCUUGAAGAACGAGGGCUUAAGCUUUUUGAAGAUGACAUUUUGGAACUGUGUAACAAAGUGAUGUUUGAGGAAUCUCAUGACGAUGAUGCUACAAAGUUCAAUUCAGGAACCAACACAGCAGAUGAUGAUCUUUUCUUCUUCGAUAAUAAAGGAAGAGUUGAAAACGAAGCUAUGAAAGAUGAUGACAUGGGAACAGCAGAAGUUGCAUUUCUCACGGCUGCUCAUUCUAUGAAAACUGACGUGAGCAAGAAGAGGAGAAAGCAAAGGGAACAUGCAAACGAAGAAUCCGGAUCACAGUUGAAAUUUCUGAAAUACAAUAUUGACGAUGAUUCUGUCAAAGAUUACUUUAACAGUGGUAGCGAGGUGGAGAAUCCACCAUCUGCUGAUGAAAUGGAAGAAUGAGAGACAAGCUGAGAGCAGCAUCAUUACAUUUUGAUCAUUGGAGACUAAACUUGUAUUCUUAGGUCAAACUCAAAGACUCCAAGCAAUGGUUGGAAUGCUGCAUUGCUAAUGAUGCUGGCCACAUGCUUUUUCUUGUAAGGAUGAGAUUUUGUUCCUAACCACGGUUCACAACCUGAAGUUUUUACAAUGAUAUCCAGAUACUUUUAUAGGAA